UGCAUUCCCGCGGAAUUAGCCUUUCGUCAUUUCUUCUCCACAUGCGCAGUCAUCGCACCGUCUGAUUUAAAACAUCGCCGGGCUAAAUUUACUAAUCUCGCCCAAUUCCAGCGAGCUACCUUUUUGUGCGAUUCCUGCCCUAAAACAACAUUGAAGUGUGUGAACAGCUCGGCAAUAUAUCUGCUCAGUACAACAACAUACUCCUAAAAGAACCCCAUUCCGCUAUCUGUAACACCCCUAUGAGCAUCUCGUCCACGGUUCUUGAAUUUUAUGAUGUCUGCUUCAAGAAGGACGAUUUCGACGGUCUUCACAAGCCCAAUUGGAUUACGGAUACCGACAUUGAUUUGUUCUAUGAACUGAUUGAGCGGUUCUGGUUUCCCCAGCAUCCUUCUCAGGCAAAGGAGAUUGUACUCCUUCGGCCGUCUAUAGUGCUCCUGUUGGCACAGUCUCAACUUUCUCUCCACGACCUGCGUGAAGUUCUUCCUCCAGAGACUUUCACAACGAAGUAUCUCUUCCUCCCCGUCAACGACAUUAGCAAGGGUGUCGAGGGGGGAGGAACUCACUGGUCAUUGCUUGUUGUCGACGUCCCCGACGAGCAGUGCUAUUAUUAUGACUCUCUGAGCAACGGUAAAACCAGAGACUGCACGAAUGCUCUUUGCCGGCUGUCACUGCUCCUGAACAAGCACUUCUCCAUCCACCCAAUGAAAGUGCUUCAGCAACGGAAUGGUUACGACUGUGGAGUGCAUGUUUGUUCAAACUCGAUAGAACUUGUGCGACGUCUUUUGUUUUCGCCCAUGCCGACGGCUUCCUUGUGGGAUUUGGAAGACUUUACUGUUGACGUUCGCAAGGUUCGCGCACAAGUGAUUACCUGUGUAGAAUACCUUAUUGAGCGUUAUGGUCGGCGCAUCAUGAAGGAUGCGCCAGACGCCACUGAUAUAGAGUUUGCAUUCUUUCGUCUCGAGAAAGACCAGCUUCAUUACUCGGAAGAAGACGAGUUUUCCGACAUUGACGAGACACCACUCCUCACAGCGCCAAUAAAGCAAAUGGAAGACCGGCCUGCAUCUGCACUUUCAGUCGUAUCCUCUACAGGAUCCUUCCGCUCCGCUAUGGAGUUCGCCAACAUAGACGAUGUUCGAACCUGGAAGGCCUUGACGCCUUUGUGAGCGGAUACUUCGUAGCAGUGUUUCAUUGCCUCUUCUCAGAAGAAGAGGUCUAAUCAUUUCAUCCUGUACUUCCUAACACAUAACUUGUACCUUUUAAACAUAACAAAACUGACGAAAUCUCGUCGUCGUUAUCAUCGUCGUUUAUUCACUACUAUGGGUUCUGAUUCAUAAAUCACCAAAAACAAAAUCAUGCUUCGCGCGAAUCUGCCGCCUUCAUGCCGAGCUUGAUCACAAUUAGAAGAAACUUUUUACAGAAACGAGAGAUCGAAGAAAGAGAGGUCUGUCUAGGUAGAUAAUCAU